UCCAACGUGUACACAAUCGCCGUCUACCUCUUUUAAGAGCAAUAACCGUAGGCAACAGAAACACGGAGAAGUAAGCAUGCCUCGUUCAGCUGCCAAGUCACUGGUCGAAAAGAGCCGCACUGAUUCUGGUCCAGUUAGUGCCGGUCCACCCCCGACCCUGAUCCAGUCUGUUGAGGCUGUAGACAUUGUCCCGGGCUGCCUUACUGAAACUGCCUGGACCAGCAUGCUCAAACAGGAGGAGGGUGAGGAGAUGGUGGCGGAUAUUAUAGCAGAACUGAUGGAAGUUGUGAUGGAAAGAUGCUUUCAGGUGUAUCUACAGAGACAGUUGAUACCAUUCUCGGUGUGGUGGGCACAGAAUAACCUGGUGCAGACGCUUGAAUGUAUUUUCCUGGGGAGAGAUGAGGGGGAUGAUCCAGAAUGUGAACGCUAUUGGCAAGAGGACUUAGAAGCUCAGCCUUGUGCUAUUGAUUCUUGGGCUGAGGGAUGUGUGCCAGUGGUACAUCAGAAAUUAGCUCAGAAUUAGCACAAAACAUUAUUGCAGGUAAGAAAAGGUGAGGCAUGGGCACGAACCUAUUAUAUCUUAGGUUCACAUGAUAUACAAAACAGACUGAAGUGAAAUGCUUAUUGAACAUAGUUCACAAUGUUUGUGUGUGUGUGUGUAAUUUAGUCUCAAGUCAUUCCAAACCCAAAUUACUUUCUUUCUUCCUUGUAACACAAAAGAGAUGUUAUGUAGAAUGUUUGGGACUGACAGUUUUAUUGCAUCUUUCUCCCAUACAUUUAAAGUGAAACUUUUAAAGGAAUAGUUCACCCAAAAAUGAGAAUUCUCUCAUAAUUUACUCACCCUCAUACCAUCCCGGACAUGUAUGGCUUUCUUUCUUUAGCAGAACACAAAUUAAGAUUUUCAGAAGAAUAUCUCAGCUAUUUUGGUUCAUACAGUGAAAGUGAAUUGGUGCCAAUAUUUUGAAGCUCCAAAUAUCACAUAAGUCAGCAUAAACGUAAUCCAUAUGACUCCAGUGUGAAACAGAUAAAUAUUUAAAUCCAUUUUUACUAUAAAUUCUCCUCCCUGCUCAGUCAAUCUCCACUUUAACUUUUGAUUUCUUUUCUUGUGUUUUUGGUGAUUCACAUUCUUUAUGCAUACAUCCCUACUGUGCAGAGAGAAGAUUUUCUAUCAUGUUUCCAUCAAAAGGGUCUUAAAUAUUGAUCUAAUUCUCACCCACACCUGUAAGAUUGGUUCUGAAGACAUUGAUUUAACCACUGGAGUAUGGAUUACUUUUAUGUUGCAUUUAUGUGCUUUGUGGAGCAAAACAUUUUGGCACCCCCUUCACUUGCAUUGUUAGGACCUACAGAGUUGAAAUAUUCUUCUAAAAAUCUUAAUAUUUGUUCUGCAGAAGAAAGUCAUACACAUCUGGGAAGGCACGAGGUGAGUAAAUGAUGAGAGCAUUUUCAUUUUGGGUGAACUAUCCCUUUAAGGCUUGCCAUGUCUAACUUGAAAUCCUGUAUCAUUUUCCUGCUAGAGAGAUAUUGUACAUUUUUAAAACUGCUUACUGAUUUGAAAAAUUGUCAUUUGUUAACCUUGAAAAAUUAUACAGAAGGGAAUUAAACUGCAUUUUUUGGACUACAAGAAAGUAAAAUCUCAUUAAAACAUUUUUCACACUCACAAAUAUGUAUAUACAUAUAUUUUUACAUUUGUCUACCAACAGUGUAUUUAAAUGCAUCACUGGAGAUUUAUGUCAUUUUUUCAUAAAGUUGUUAAAAUUCACACAGUAUAAUUUGCACCUCAUCUAAAAUUCUGUAUUGUGUGUAAAAAAAUGCAUUCUCCCUUGUCUUGUCCUGCUAAUAUUUUAUAUGUCAUACAUACAAUAUAACAUAAUAUUUCCCCCCUUUUAAAUAAUUUGGCAAAAUUACAGCUUUAUUGGAAAUGACACCCAAUAAAAAUAUUGAGAUAUUUAGCUUAAUGUUUCACUUUAUUUAUCACUUGCCUCAUAUUUCAUCUCAAGCAUGAUCUUCACUACCACUUUUGUUAACUUCUUAACAACAAGUACACUAAUCUCUGAAAAAACUUUAUAUGGAGCUAUAUUGUUUGGUGAAGUUUAAAUGAUGGCACAGCUGUGGGACAGUAGUCAUUUUUUGAGAAAUUUAUAA